AAAGCCGCAGUGGACUCUCCGAACGGUUCGCAUUUCGGGGGAUAAGAAAUGGGAUUUAAAUCAUUUCGUUCAGCUAUUCUUCCCUCUGCAUAGCGUGAAUUGCUGUGUUUUUUCCCCUGAUAAGGGAGUUCCUCGAGGUUAAACAUCUGAGCUGGGGAAUCCACACUUUGAGACUCUCCCAAGAUGUCAACAUGCACCUCUGUAGGGAUGUUUAACAACUGAUCGGAUGUCUUGGAUUUCCUGCAAACAUCAACAAGAUAUUUUUUUUCUCAGUGGACAACAAGCAGCAUGAUUUUGAACCGAGAAACAAGCCCGAGUGAAGACAAUCUGAUCACUUUGAUGGAAAGCUAUCAGUUUCUGACUAUGUCAAUUGGAAAUUAUUGAGUCAGUUUAUCUGUUCCCAGACAUCUGCAGUGUGUUUUUUUUUUUUUUUUUAAAGGAUGUACUGAACUAUGUAGGGAUUGAAUCAAGAACAAAAAGACUUCACCAACAGGUACCUGCUUAUUGUCCAUGCAAAGAACCCAGCGGGAGUGUGGAGGAGGAUAGACUCUUAGGUUUGGUAGUUUGCAGAACCAGCCCCUGAAGAUGCUGCAGUCUGGUAACUACUCUCUGGUGCUGCUCAUCCAGCUGACACUUUUGGCCUAUGACCUCUUUGUCAACUCCUUCAGUGAACUCCUGAGGGCAGCGCCUGUCAUCCAACUAGUGCUUUUCAUCAUCCAGGACAUUGCCAUCUUGUUCAACGUGAUCAUCAUCCUGCUGAUGAUGUUCAACACCUACGUGUUCCAGGUCGGCCUGGUGUCCCUGCUAGUGGAGAGAUUCAGGGUUCUGCUGAUGUUUUCGGCUCUGUACCUGACCCUCAGCAUCUGCUUCCACAGCUGGGUGUUGAACCUUAGGUGGCUCGACUCAAACCGUUUUAUUUGGACUGACGGUCUUCAAGCUCUUUUUGUUUUCCAGAGAACAGUGGCUGUUUUGUAUUACUACUUAUACAAACGCACAGCAGAGUAUAUGGGAGACCCACGGCUGUACGAGGACUCUCUGUGGCUGCGAGAGGCCUUCGCAAGAGCUCGACAGUGAAGAGGGACUUUUUGAGAUCACCAUCAGCUGUAGGACAUUUUGGACUGUUUUUAUAUUAAGAAGAAAUGCAUCAUACCCAUGAACAUAUGGCACAAGCAAAGUGCUCACUUAGAAAUCUGAUGGAACUCACUAACAGGUCAAGGGGCUGAGACAAAGUGUCAUCCAUUAUUUUUGUCUACUGCCUCUGGAUAGUCUGGCAUUGAGCCAGUCAAAUGGUUUACAUUGGCAGGUAAGUCUAACGUGACAGUAUUGUAUUAAUCAGGAUUGGCUCUUAUCUCUGUGGCCUUGGUUAAUCCGUUUGUGUUGCAGACAUAAUGAAACAAUGUUGAAGAUGCAGUUAGUUUGAUUGUGACUGUUAUGCUGUACCUUUUGUAAAAAAAAAAAAACGUAUUGUUAUAGUUCUUUUUUAAUGAAAGUGUGUUAUUCUCAACUAGGGAGGAAACCUGUUGGGUUGUUUUGCCUUGUAAGGUUAGUUUGAGCUGUUUACAUGGUUAACAUACUUUUAAUAAGCCAAUUUUCAUAUGUACCCAGUUGUCUUUGAGCAGGGAUCUUUGAAUGGUCUUCCUGUUGUUUUUAUUAAAUAAUCCAUGUCUAAUCCCCGUGUAAUCUCUCAUCACUAGCGUGGAGAGUAUUAUCCUGGGCACAAGGUGAAACAGACUGCUCUAUUUUUAACGCCGAGAUUAAUCAGGGAUUGAGCUUUUAGGCGCCACUAGUAAAACGCACCAUAAAUAGUCUUCAGUGGUUCAAAGUAACCUUCUUAUCCCGACCACUUGACAGGUUAAAUUACAGUGAACUUCUAGACUGUCAACAUUUAUAUUACUGAUUUUUUUUUUUAAAGAUGUUGAGAUCCAUUCAUAAUUUCCAACAUUGGUUCACAAUAAAACACACCAGAAGUUUUACAAAUCCCCUUUACUUGUGACGAGAAAACCAAAGUCCACAUAAUCGCAUAUUAUUGUCAGUGCAGUCCAAUUAAAUCCAGUCUGUGUCGGGUUUGGUGUUGCUCCUCUGGAAUGUGUUACUCUUCAAAUCAGUCACCACGAACUGCAGGAAACAAGAGAGAGAAGUUAACUACAAAACUCUUUCAGUUAUUGAAAAAUCAAACACAACUAGACAUUAAUAACACCUUAAACAUACCUUCAUACGUAGAUCCCAACCCAAAGUAGUAAGAACAGCACACCGAAGCCCAUGAAAAGUGAUGCCACAAGGGAGAUCAGUAACUCUUUGUAGACAUCCCGGGUAUAUUUUGUUGAUGUCACCUC